AUGUGUCAUGUUUUUCUUUGUCUAACUUUUAUUAAGGAUGGACCUAAUGGUGGAACCAAAGAGCGCAAAAAAGAAGAUGACUCGGAUAAGGAGGAUGAUCUAGAAAAAAAAAGAUUUCAAACACAAUUGCAAGGAGCCAUUGUAAUGGAAAAGCCAAACGUUCACUGGGCGGAUAUUGCCGGACUUGAAGGAGCAAAAGAAGCGCUUAAAGAGGCUGUAAUAUUGCCCAUAAAAUUCCCACACUUAUUUACAGGCAAGCGAACUCCUUGGCGUGGUAUUCUCCUUUAUGGUGUAAGUUAUUUGAUCUAUUCUUAG